AUGGCGCGUCUAGGCCGCGUUGGGUUUCUUGCCCUGGCGGUGGUCUUCCACUUGAUCUAUACCUAUUCGAUCUUCGAUAUCUAUUUUGUUAGUCCGAUUGUCAGUGGCAUGCGAUCCUUUGGCGUCGAACGACCAGCAGGAACUAGUGCACCCGCGAAACGACUCGUCCUUUUCGUCGCCGACGGCCUGCGUGCCGACAAGGCCUUCCAAGCUUUCCCAGACCCGUCCCCCGAAUCUUCGAACCACCACAGUGACGAAUUGAUUCGCCUGACCCCCUUCAUCCGCUCGAAAGUGCUCUCCCAUGGAACAUUUGGCGUCUCACACACUCGGGUCCCCACCGAAUCACGCCCGGGUCAUGUUGCCCUUAUUGCGGGAUUGUAUGAGGACGUGUCCGCGGUCACUACGGGCUGGAAAUUGAAUCCGGUCAAUUUCGAUAGCGUCUUCAAUCGGAGUCGACAUACGUGGAGCUGGGGCAGCCCUGACAUCCUCGCCAUGUUCAAGGAGGGCGCGGUGCCUGGCAGGGUUGAUGCCGACAUGUAUAGCGAAGAAGCGGAGGACUUUAACAUGGACGCAACUGCUCUGGACACCUGGGUAUUUUCGAAAGUUUUCGAGCUUUUUGAAUCCGCAAAAUAUGAUCCAGAGUUAAACCGGAAACUGCGCAACGACAAACUGGUUUUCUUCCUUCACCUGCUCGGCCUGGAUACCACCGGCCACGGCUACCGACCCUACUCCAAGGAAUACCUCAACAAUAUCAAGGUGGUGGAUCGAGGGGUGCAGGCAGUCACAAAGCUGGUCGAGGAUUUCUACGGGGACGAUAAAACCGCAUUCGUCUUCACUGCGGAUCAUGGUAUGAGUGACUUGGGCAGCCACGGCGACGGCCAUCCGGACAACACACGAACUCCCCUCGUGGCCUGGGGUUCUGGCGUUGCACUACCCCAGAGAACGAGUCCUGGGGCUGUGACCGGUCAUGAAGACGGAUUUUCGUCGGAUUGGGGAUUUGACCAAAUUCAACGGCACGAUGUAGCACAGGCCGAUGUUGCCGCCCUCAUGGCCUACCUGGUUGGUCUUGACUAUCCCGUCAAUUCUGUCGGCCAGUUGCCGUUGGAUUAUAUUGAUGCUAGUCCUAAAGAGAAAGCACUGGCCGCUUUCGCGAACACGCAAGGGGUGCUGGAGAUGUACCGGGUCAAGGAAGAGCAAAAGAAGGCGGCGGUGAUUCGGUAUGUGCCUUAUGAGCCGCUCUCAGGCCAUGAAAGUGAUUCAAUUGAACGGCGAAUUGCGACAAUCAAAACGCUCAUUUCGAACGGUGCCCAUGAGGAGUCCAUUGCUCGAUCAUCGGAGCUUUUGCUUGGCGCCCUUGAGGGGCUACGCUAUUUGCAAACAUACGACUGGCUCUUCUUGCGAAACAUCGUCACUAUCGGGUACUUGGGCUGGAUUGCCUAUGCUCUCACCACGGUGAUUGACUUGCAUGUCUUGCAUGGAACGUCUGACUCGCAUCGGACGGUAGCCAGCAUUUCAUUCUUCUCGUCCAUCUUGGUGGCCUUGUUUUCCGUUUUCCUUUACCAGGGCUCCUCCUGGCGCUACUACUUCUACGGAUUUUUCCCUGUUUAUUUCUGGGAGGAGGUUUUCGCCCGCCGGAAGGCUCUGAUUGCUGGCCGCAAGAUCAUCUUGGGCCACGUUCAUUCCUUCACCGGAUAUUUGAAAUUUGGAUUUCAGCUGGUCGCAUUUCUUGGAGUUUUGGAAGCGCUCGUCCAAUCAUAUUUUCAUCGCGAAAUAUUUACUAUCUGCUUUGGCUUGGCCUCGGUCUGGCCUGUGUUUUAUGGAGUCGGUUUUAUUCGCAUGCAUGGACUUUUGUCUGCGACAUGGUUUCUGGGUUGCGGCUUGAUGAGUGUUUUUACUCUCCUCCCUGUUACCAAGAUCGAGGACAUCAACCAAAUUACUUAUGGCGGUCUACUCAUGUUUUUCACUGGCGUCUUAUAUUUAAUGUUCGAGGAUGCCAUUGUUGGGCAUCGCAGCUUUACCAGCCGCUUUGGCUCGCGGGUCAUUAUGGGCACACAGGUUGGCGUCAUUCUGCUUGCCUUGCUUGUCACCCGAUCUAGUGUUUUCUCCCUGCAAGCCCGACAGGGCUUGCCCUUUGGGAACCAGGUGGUUGGAUGGUCUGUUUUAGUGAUGUCGACCGUCCUGCCGUUCUUCCACCGUCUAUAUCCGAACAGCGACUAUCUGCACCGCCUCAUGGUCAUUUUCUUGACCUUCUCCCCUAUCUUCGUCAUCCUUGCUAUCUCAUGGGAGGGGCUAUUCUACUUUGUUUUCUGUAUGACGUUGGUUACUUGGGUUCGCUUCGAGCAUGCCAUCUACGUCCACUCGGCCGGGCCCGGCGCCAUCAAACCGCAGCAAACGGUCAGCAAUGGAUCUGUAUCGGCCAAGCAGCCCAAACAGACCCAGGCGAUGAUCGUUGAUGGCCAAACAUACCGCUACCGCGCCCUGACUCUCUCGGAUGCCCGUGUGGCGCUAUUCUUUUUCUUCCUGCUGCAAUCGGCAUUUUUCAGCACCGGCAAUGUCGCUUCGAUCUCCACGUUCUCUCUAGACAGCGUUCGCCGUCUCAUCCCCGUAUUUUCACCCUGGGGCCAGGGGGCACUCCUGAUGUUCCAGAUUCUCAUUCCCUUCGCCAUCAUCAGCGCGAACCUGGGGAUUCUCAACCGCCGCCUGGAGGUGGCGCCCAGCGCACUCUUCAUGGUAGUCAUGGCCAUCUCGGAUGUCAUGACCCUUAACUUCUUUUACAUGGUGCGCGACGAGGGAUCAUGGCUCGACAUCGGCAUGACCAUCAGCCAUUUCUGCAUCGCCAGUGGACUCUGCACCUUUGUCGCGGGGCUGGAGUUCCUCAGCGAACAGUUCGUCAGCGGCGUGGGGUUUGGCCCUACGACGUCGGCACUGGGGUCCGCAGUGGCCCAGGCGGUGGAUGAGUCGGUCGAAUGUGGGCACGAGAUGAAGCCCGAAGAGACGACGGGGAGCCGGCCCACUGGAGGCAAAAAGGCCAAGUCCAAGGCUUCCAAGGCACAGAAGUCUGCGGCAAAAGCCCGUGCCGCAGCGAAUGCGCCGUCAUAA